GGGAAAAGGUUUCAAAUAAAAGAAGCUGAAAGGAAAGAGAUGUGGGUUGGGGCAGGGAGUCAGGAACGAUGGCUUCAUUAAGGAGCAGCACCUUCCUUAGCCUGGAGCACCAGGAGUGGGGCACCUGUUAUGUAUUAUAGAGCAGCCUGAAGGUAUUGUUAAGGACAAGAAACAAGGGGGGCAGAGGGGAUAAAUGCUGUAGCUGUAGUUUGGGAAUGAGGGGUGGACCCUGCUGGCAGGAGCCUUCUCCAGUCAUGGCUUCAGUUCUCCCUCCACGGUCUUGGCUGGAGCUGUCAGUUCACUUGAGCUAGGCUCAGAUGGGCGGCUGCCUUUGGCAUAGGUCACCUUCCUGCUGCUGGGGGCUCCUUGGGAUUUAUUGGGAGAGUGGGCUGUCAUCUCAUCCAUCUAUCCAGACUUCAGUAUCUCCUGGGUGUCAUGCCAGUCUUUGAAAGCAGUCCCUCCUGGUGCCUGAAUAUUCACAGCAUGGGGAUAGCCUGUUUCUGCCCUUUGAGAAACUUCUUUGUUGGGUUCAGGCAGUGCCAGAAAUUUCUGGCCAUGCUGAAAGCACAGGGCAUUCAUGUUAGCAGGUUUUUAUAGAACACCUAGUUUUUUGGCCCCUGACAAGGCUGGAGUCAUAGUGAGGGGAACUGGGGUGAUAGGAAUUAGAAAAUCAGGCUCCUGGCCUAAAGAACACAGAAACAUGUAGAACAAUAUGUGAAUACUAGGAUGUAUUUAUUAAAGUCACUAAUUCUUUGCUUUCACUUUCAUUCCCUUUCUAAAAAGAGGAAUGUUGGUACAGUUAUAAAUUCCAGAAAAAAUUACUUUUGUUUUGUCUACACCUACUUACUCCUGUCACUUGUGUGCACAUUUUUAAUCUACUGCAGUAGUUGUUAAAAUCUGGCAUCUAGGUUUUGUUUCUAGUCCUAAUUAGUUGUGUUCUGUAUUCCUUAGAUGAUGAUGACUCUAUAGAUUUUCUCAAUAGUGAUGAGGAAAAGGACAGUUUCUUUGCAGAAUUUCAAGAAUUUAGGUAAGUCUGUGCUAUGUUUACUUCUUUGUCAACCACUGAUAUAUUUAAUCCAAUGUGUAGAAUAUGAUUUUGUUAUUAAUAAGUAGUUGAACCUUGAACUGUGCAGGGGUUGCAUGCCCCCCUCCCCCCCAACUAUCAUGCAGUUGAAAAUCUAUAUAACUUUUGACUCUCCCAGAAUUUAACUAAUAGCCUAGUGUUGACUGAAAGCCUUACCAAUAUCAUAGUUGAUUAACACAUUUUGUAUAUGUAUUAUAUGCUGUCUUCUUACAAUAAAUAGGAAAAGGAAAUGUUAAGAAAAUCAUAAGGAAGAGAAUACACUUACAGCACUGUAUUUAUGGGAAAAAAAAUCUGUAUAAGUGGGCCUGUGCAGUUCAAGCCUGUUGUUCAGGGUCAGCUGCACUUGAGUAUGGCAUGCAGAGCCCUUCAGUUGCACGAUUCUGUGAAUAUUUACUCAGGGCUUCGACACCUCCCAGCCUGCCUACAACUCUCUUGCCCUGGAAUCCUACUGGGUUUGUGGGUUAGCAAAAUUCUCCUCCUUCAAGCCUUGGUUCAGGUUACCCUUCCUUAUCUAAACUUCACUUUUUGUCUUUCUCAGAAGUAAGCAUUUUUUCACCUUUCCAUGGGGCCUUGUAAUGUACCACUUAUUUUAUAGUAAUUUCUCUCUCCCACACUAAUUUGUAGGGCAAGGGCCUGCAUUUAUUCCCAUGUCCCCAGCGCUCCGUAUAUAGUCUAGCCAUUAAUGUGGACAGGGCAAUCCCAGGAUCUGGUUUUUCAGAGGGAUGUGGGUGUUAACAGUGCCCAGCAUUUGUGUAGGACUGUGCGGUCAGCCCUUAUAGCAGUUCUGUGUGUGAUUAGUGGGCCAGUGUAAUUCCUAAAGAUAGAUGGGAGUUUCAUUGUUCUCAUCGUAGGCUGACUCUGCUUGGCACCCACUCCCAUGGUAGUGAUUAGUUAUACUGAGGGUGAAGCGGAGAUAUGAGAGUAGAUAUGAAAAGUUGUGUAAACUGCAAAAACACGCAGAUAUGAGUGUCCGUUCAUUGCUACUGAUCCUGCUUUGUGAGGAUCAAGCACUUGCUUAAACAACAUUCAGGGUAUGUAGUGUAACUGUCCUUACCCAGUGAGAACCUUCAGGCCUAUGAAGAACAAAAACAUGCCAACAGCUUAAUGCUAUUGUUUUCUGUAUUUAUCCCAGUAAGCUAUUUUUUCCUAGUUGAAAUGGCCUAAAGUUAAACUGUUUACAGAGAUGUCAUGAACAAGAAUCUGUGAUGGCAUUUAACUUGGAAAUCGUCUGAUAGGCUGAUCUCACCUUAUUUAUGUGAAGCAUUGGUUCAGUUCUUGGUUUUAAAGGUUAAAGGGAUACAGUUCUUGAUAUUUAUUACAUUAGAUACAUUUAGCUUUUAACUAUCUCCAUCUGUUCCACUGAACUCACAUUGGCUUUCUUGUUCAUUUUUAAGGGGAGUCUGCAGCUUUAAGAAGCCUACUGUUCAGGGGUGCCUGGGUGGUUCAGUCGGUUAAGUGGAAUCGCAAGUGCCCCGGUGCAGUGACGAACCACACCAGUGAGUCAGAUCUAUGAAGUAGGGGAUUUUUGGCCUGCCUCCUUCCAAACGGGCUUGCUGGCUCCUCCCCAACUGGAUCACUCAUACAGUCAGCCACAUCUGUUGCUUCUCUGACUCCACAGCAUCCCCUGCUUCCUCCUGAUUUUUCUGCUCCCCUUCACCUCAACACUCAAACAGCCGAUGACACCCUGAAUGUAAGCCCCAAGAGGCAGAGGCUCACCUUCCUUAUUCACUGAUGCUAGCAACAGUGCCUGGUGCAAAACAGUACACAGAAAGGGAAUGGAUAAAUGAACAAGUGAAAUCUCUUGAGUUCCAGGUUGACUUCUGCAGACCUGCCUCUUUCUCUUCACCUCCACAUCCUGCUCUGGGCUGGGCAGGUCUUGUCACGCCAGAGUCCCAAGCUCCACCCCAACACUGGCCCUGCCCACUGUGGGGCCUGGCCCACUUACCGGAUGGGGAAGCCAGCGGCACUGAUGUGAAUGGUCUCCACAAGGCCACAGGCCUCCAGCUGACUGAGGACCUGCAUUGGUGAGGAGACAGGGUGGGCACCUGUGGUGUGGGACCAGCAGACCAGAAAUACCACUCCUUCUGCUCUCUGAGGCUCUGGUCCGUGUGAACCUGUAGGCUGUCCUCAUGCUUGACUGAUGAGGGUAUACUCUCCUGCUUCUGAUACUGUGGAGUUCUCCUGAGGCUGGAGCUGUUUCAGGGGAGAGGAGGGGCCCUCACAGACAAAACACCAUCUGAGUCUGCCUGGAGAACUACAGAUGGCUCAGAUGGGGCACCGAGAACACAGAGACACCCUUGCCCAGACACUGGUGGACAAUGAGGAGAUGGGGGUGCAGAGAAGGGAAAAGAGCUGCCUGGAGUUGCACACUGGACUGGACUGUUUUUUCGAAGGAGUGCUCCUGAAAGGGAAGAAGGAAAAAAAUGUCUCAGAAGCAGAUGAAGGAAGCUUUUGUCAGUAACCACAAUGGAACCAGCGUGCUGGAAGUCACCCAGGGCUUGUGUUUGCCUGCACUCUGUAUCGUGUGCAGAGGGCUCCUGAUCAUUCUCUCACAGCACUUGUGUUCUUCACAUACCUGGAGAACUAGAUUCUUCAUUGACUUUGUUUCCCUAAUAAUUCCCCUGGUGGCCACUUUGACCAUUUUGUCUUCAUUUGUCCUCCUUGAGCACCUUGCUGUAAUUAUCUGUGGGGCAGGGCUGUUCUAUCAAAUAUACUGCAGGAGAACUUGUGCCAGAAUGCCUGUCCAGAAAAUGCUUGAAAAAUUCUUGAAAAUCAGUCUAGAAUCUGAAUACAUUCCAGCCAUCUCUUGUUUCCGUGUAAUUAACAGUGCAUUUACUGCUGUUGCCAUUUUGGCUGUGGACUUUCCACUUUUUCCCAGAAGAUUUGCCAAAACUGAGCUCUAUGGAACAGGAGCGAUGGAUUUUGGAGUAGGAGGUUUUAUUUUUGGGACUGCAAUGGUUUGUCCAGAAGUUAGGAAAAAAUACACAGAAGAGUCCAGAUUUUAUUAUCUUACAAAGUCAUUGUACUCUGUUUGGCCAUUAGUCUUCCUAGGAAUAGGACGAUUAGUCAUUAUAAAAGCCAUAGGCUAUCAGGAACAUUUGACUGAGUAUGGAGUUCAUUGGAACUUUUUCUUUACCUUAAUAGUUGUGAAACUGAUAACAUCAUUGCUUUUGAUUAUUUUUCCUCUCAAUAAAUCCUGGAUUGUGGCAAUCAGCAUUAUUGUGUUAUACCAGCUGGCCCUUGACUUUACCCCACUGAAAAGGUUAAUUUUGUAUGGCACUGAUGGUAGUGGCACAAGGGUUGGUUUAUUAAAUGCCAACCGAGAAGGAAUAAUUUCUACCUUGGGGUAUGUGGCAAUUCAUAUGGCUGGCGUGCAAACAGGGUCAUAUAUGCUUAAAAAAAGAUCACAUGUCAAAGACUGGAUAAAAGGAGCCCACUGUAUUUUGCUGACAGCUAUUAGUCUCUUCAUAUCUCUCUACAUAGUUCAGGUAAAUGUAGAAGUAGUAUCUCGGAGAAUGGCCAAUUUAGCCUUUUGUAUUUGGAUAGUUGCUUCUAGCCUGAUCCUUCUUAGUAGUUUAUUACUGGGUGAUAUAAUUUUGAGUUUUGCCAAAUUUCUAAUUAAAGAGGCUGUGGUACCAUGUUCUUGGAAACUGAUCCAUUCAUCUGUCACAAAUAAAAAACAUUUAGAAUCUCUGGUCUCUGAAGCUGAAAGAAAGGAACCCAGUCUUUGUUUAAUCACAGCUAUGAACAGAAACCAGUUAAUUUUUUUCUUGCUGUCAAAUAUAACUACUGGUCUGAUCAACCUGUUGAUAGAUACAUUACACAGCAGUACUUUGUGGGCCUUAUUUGUGCUCAAUCUCUAUAUGUUUACCAACUGUUUAAUUAUAUAUGUGCUACACUUGCAAGAUAAGACAAUAAAAUUUUGGUGAUCAGUAUGGGUAGGAAGUACCUGUGUUAGAGCAAUAUUUUAAUGAGGAAGAAUAUUAAAUGUGAAGAAAAUGGGCUUUUGGCAACCCAGUGUUAACCAUAUUUUUUUCAACCCUCUAUAAAUGAUGCUUAAUGUUUUAAUGUGUCUCAACACUAUAUAAAACAAACCAAUAGAGAGACAAGUCUUGUGACUCAUUAGAAUACUUAUUAAAUUUCAGUAUUUUAAAGAAACUGCAGUUGUGACACUGAAAGAUUGGAGGGUGAGGGGGAUUUUUACUUUCUAUCUUCUUACAUACCAUUCUGUAUUUUUUUAUUGUAUGACAUAACAUUUACAUGAAAACAUCUCAAUGUGAAUUUAUUAUAUGACUUUUAUAAUAAAAUUUACGUGAAAACA